CUUCCCUGUGCUUGUUCACACACGCAUUUACCUUCACGCCGAGUGUGUGUAAAUGCAGCGUCGGAGGUGGACGUACUGGAGAUAAAGUCAAUGUUUCUUUUCACCCGUGCCGAUCCGCUUGGCCCCGGAGUCAUAACAGAACGUCCCUCAAGGACCCCUUCCCAUUGAGGUUCCCCCUCCUCCGGUCAGGAUGUCAUGGCGUCCUCAGUACCGCAGCUCCAAGUUCCGACAUGUGUACGGCAAGCCGGCACCCAAAGAGAGCUGCUACGAUGGCGUGCCCAUCACGUGCAGCGUGCAGGACAACAACUUCUGUGCCGUCAACCCUCGCUUCCUCGCCGUCAUCACUGAGUGUGCGGGGGGCGGGGCCUUCCUGGUCCUCUCUGUCCAUCAUACAGGUAAAGUGGACCCUCACCACCCGCGAGUGUCGGGCCACAGGGGCAAAGUGUUAGACGUCAAAUGGAAUCCCUUCGACGACUACUGCAUCGCCUCCUGCUCUGAGGAUGCCACGGUGAAGGUAUGGGAGAUCCCUCCUCACGGCCUGCUCAAGAACAUGACGGUGGCCUGGAAGGAGCUCCAGGGCCACAGCCGUCGGGUGAGCCUCAUCGAGUGGCACCCCACCGCCAACAACAUCCUCGUCAGCACGGCGUACGACUACAAGGUGAUGAUCUGGAACCUGGACUGUCCGGAGCAGGUGAUCAAGAAUCCUGUGCGGACCAUCAGCCUCCACACGGACGUUGUGCUGUCCAUGUCCUUCAACACCGAUGCCACCCUCUUGGCCACAACCUGCAAGGACAAGAAAGUCCGGCUCCUGGAGCCGCGCUCGGGGACCCUGCUCCAGGAAACCAACUGCAAGACGCACAAGGCCAGCAAGGUGCUGAUUCUGGACAACGUCAACAAGCUGCUCACCUCAGGCACGUCCAGGUGGAACGACAGACAGAUCGCACUUUGGGACCUGGGUGACCUGUCAGUGCCUUUGGUAGAGGAAAAUCUAGAUGGUUCGUCAGGUUUCCUCUUUCCGUUCUACGACCCGGACACACACAUGCUGUACCUGGCCGGGAAGGGGGACGGGAACAUCAGGUACUAUGAGAUCAGCUCGGAAAAGCCGUACAUCCACUACCUGACGGAGUACCGCUCCAAUUUACCUCAGAAAGGGAUGGGUGUGAUGCCAAAGAGAGGCCUGGACGUGAGCAUGUGCGAAGUUUUUCGCUUCUACAAACUGGUGACCAUCAAGACUCUCAUCGAGCCGCUGUCCAUGAUCGUCCCUCGCAGGUCGGAGUCGUACCAGGAGGACAUCUAUCCAAUGACGGCGGGCAACAAGCCCGCCUUGACUGCCGACGAGUGGCUGAGCGGCAUCGACAGAGGCCCAGUGCUGAUGUCGCUAAAGCCCGGCCAUCCGGUGGACGAAUCGAACGGCGAGACCGAUAAGGCUCACGGUAGAGCGUACAUUAGGGAACAGCCGGGCGGCGGCAAGACGGCCAACAACGGCGUGGCCGGAGACGGCAGGACGGUGGUGACUAACGGACAAGACUUCCUGCUCUGCUCGCCACCUAAAACGGAAAAUGAGCUUCGCGUGAAAUUCCACAAGCAGCAGGACGAAAUCCGGCGACUGGUGGAGCUUCUCCAACAGAGGGACGUGCACAUCAAGCAGCUGGAGCUAGAGAUCAACAAUAUGAAAAACUCUCAGCAGAACUCACUUUAACACAGUUCUUUUUUUUUUUUUAAGACAAGCACGCGCUUCCUGUAGUCUCAUAUAAGGUGCACAUAUUGUUGAUGUAAAUACACUCAGUGAUUCUUACCCACACGCUUUUAAAAACUUGCACACUUUUAUUUUAUAUCGCAGCUAUGCAAUUUUUUAGCUUUUUUUUAAAACGCUUUUUGUAAGCGGAAAGAAAAACAAACAUGCUGUCUGCUUUAAAAAGGAAAAAAAACAAUGCGUAAUUGUAUGUGAGCCCAUUCUGUUUGUUGGCAUCAAUGUUCAAAAAAGUACACUGAAAAGAAAAAACUAGGUAAAACUGAUAUUGUGCUUCCUUUUUUUGUUUCUUUUGCAAUGAUUUGAAUCUUUUCAUCCACUCUUGAUGGCAGCUUUUGUAGAGGCCAAGACCAAAGGCACGCUUUCGUCCUCAUCUUUCAUCCAGCAUUGGUUUGUUUUAAUUGGGAAGUGCAGCGCCAAAUGAAUGGAAGCUCGGGCUUGACAUGUUUGUGUAUGGUGCAGUUCUUUACUGUGGUUGAGUCACUGUGAAAAAAAGUUGGCAUUUCAUUAAAAAAGCCUCCACUGAA